GUUUACACCCAAACCGGAAGCGGCCCGGAAGGGAUUUUCCCCCCCCUGCACGUGUCCUCCCUUGCUCGCUCGGCGGACCGAGGGGAAAAAAAAAAACACACCAUGAAACUCCUGACCCACAACAUGCUCACUUCGCACGUGCGGGGCGUGCGGCCAGGAGGUGGGUUUCCCCUUCUCAUAAAGGCUACAGAGGUGAAGGUGAACGAUAUUGAUUUCAACCCAGAGUUCACAGCACGGAUGGUGCCCAAAAUUGAAUGGGGAGCUCUGGUGGGCGCGGCCGAAAGUUUGGGCCACCGCUCAGACCUUCCCUCCGAGGUCAUCCCCGACUAUGAGAAAAAUGAAGAUUUUCUUCGGAAAGUGCAUCAUGUCUUGAUGGAGGUGGAGGUGAUCGAAGGCGUUCUGAAAUGUCCAGAUACUGGGCGGGAAUUUCCCAUUACUAAGGGCAUACCAAACAUGUUGCUGAGUGAAGACGAGACGUGAGCUGUUCUGCUCUCAAAAAGGCGCUAGGAGAAAGUCCAGAGGAAUGGAGGAGAAGUAUUAACUCCCCUGCAACCGUUUUUGCAUUAUUAUUUUGUUUUGUGUUGUGUAAAUAAAUCUGAAUGCGUAAAUGCAUACUUCACGACUCCUA